AUUUAAUAAAAUAAUAAAUUUGUCCUUAAUAAAGGUAUACUGUAUUUUUCAUGCGGCGAAAAAUAUUCCACUUCCAUUUUGGACUUAUCAUCGACGCUAUCUUCACGCACAUAACAUAGUUUCAGUUCUUCGAUUAUUGUUAACCACGUGAGCGUCUCAGUAAUAGGCGGAAUAAAGGGAUGAAUCAUAUUCGGUUAAAAUUAUUAACAAAGAUUUCUCCUAUCAGUGCUAUUAAAUGUAUAUGUAGAACCACAUGCAGUGGUGUACAAUCUGAUGAAAGAGAUUUAAAUACUAAUAAGCAUAAACUUGCCAAAAUUGAACCAAAAAUAAAUUUAACUUACACAUGUCAAAUUUGCAAAAUUCGUAACAGUAAUAUCAUAUCUAAGGUGGCAUAUAGUAAGGGUGUUGUAAUUGUUCAGUGUAACGGAUGCCAAAACAGACACCUAAUUGUCGAUCAUCUAAAUUGGUUUCACAAAUAAUGUGUGUAAUGUAUUAAGAUUAAUUUUAUUAUUUUUUUUUUUUUAUUAAAAAUACCGUUAAUUGAAAAAUUCCAACCACGACUUUUAGUUUUGAUUACAUAGUUUAUAAUAAAUGUAGACGGUUUAUAUUUUAAAAAUCUGCAUUGCCGUUUCCAGUGUAGUGUCAAUAAACCAUGACCAUACGCAAUUCCUUUUGUUCGAAAUUGUGAUCCGGCACUUUAACUUUAAACAUUUCAAAUUAAUAUUUAUAACCCAAAAAAACAAAUUGCAAAGCAAUAUAAUAUAUGAGUUGAAAAUUCGACUCCUUUGUCAUCAACGUUUUGUUUCGAAGAAAAAUUGCUUCAACAUAUUGCAAGCAAUUGUGCAUGCCAUCUUUUCAGCUGCUUACCAUAUGUGUGUCAACUAAUAAGAAAUUAUGUUUUU